AUGGACCUUGCGACGGGGGCCAUGGGCAGCCUGCUCCUCAAGCUUGGUGACCUCCUCACGAAGGAGUACAAGCUGCAGACGGGCGUCAAGGAAGAUGUUGAGUAUCUAAAGAGAGAGCUAGAGAGCAUGUAUGCUGCCCUCCGCAAGGUUGGGGACGUGCCACGAGACCAGCUCGACAAGCAGGUCAAGCUCUGGGCCAAUGAAGUCAGGGACUUGUCGUUCAUAAUGGAGGACAUCGUCGACAAGUUCCUGGUGCGCGUCGAGGGAGCUGAGCCAGCCAUCAAGCCACGCAAACUCAAGAAGCUCAUGAAGAAGAUGGGGGACUUGUUCAGCAAGAGCAAGACUCGCCAUGAGAUCUCGGAUGAGAUCAAAGACAUCAAGGUCCGCGUCAAGGAGGCGGCUGACCGACGUGAUAGGUACCGGGUCAACGAUGUGGCUGUUAAUCCAGUUGGCGCAAUCACUGUUGACCCUCGCCUAUUGGAUUUGUACAAGGACCAGAAAGAGCUCGUUGGUAUUGAUGAUUCAUUGAAUGAGCUAACCAAGAUGAUGAGUGAUGGGGAUGGUGAUGUGUCCAAGCAACUCAAGAUACUCUCUAUUUUUGGAUUCGGAGGACUUGGCAAGACAACUAUUGCCAAAGCAGUGUAUGAUAAGCUUAAAGCGCAGUUUGAUUGUUGUGCUUUUAUUCCGGUAGGACGGAACCCUAGCGUGAAGAAACUUCUCAAUGGCAUACUCCUUGAAAUUUCUGGGCAAAAAUACUUGGAGUUGGAUGAAAGGCAGCUAAUCAACAAACUCCAAGGAUUACUUGAGAAUAAAAGGUAUUUAAUUGUCAUUGAUGACAUAUGGGAUACAAAAACAUGGGAACUAGUCAAGACCGCUUUGGUGUGUAACAAUUGUGGAAGCAGGAUAAUCACAACUACUCGUAUACUCGAAGUUGCCACAAUGGCCAGUGAAGUAUACAAGCUACAACCUCUUUCUCUUGAUUUAUCCAAGGAUUUAUUUCAUAGAAGAUUAUCUUGUGCUGCAAUAGAAUGGCCUAAUCAUCUUCCAGCAGAGGUAUAUGAUAAAAUUUUACAUAAAUGUGGUGGUGUACCAUUGGCUAUAAUCACAAUAGCUAGUUUGCUUGGCGGCAAACCUGUGGAGCUUUGGUCUAAGGUAUACACUUCAAUUGGUUUUGGGGAUGAAGAUAACGAAGACGUGGAGAACACAAGAAAAAUACUUUUAUUUAGCUAUUAUGAUCUACCUUGUCACCUAAAGACUUGCUUAUUGUAUCUGAGCAUAUAUCCUGAAGAUCAUCUGAUUGAAAAAGAUAGUUUGAUAUGGAAGUGGGUCGCCGAAGGUUUUAUCCAAGAGGAACCAGGGGUAGGACUAUUCGAGAUUGGUGAGAGGUACUUCAACGAGCUGGUGAACAAAAGCAUGAUAAUGCCGGUAGAGGAGGCCCUGUAUUUAGGCAUGGAAAUGCAUGUUGGCGCCAUAACUGGAUGUCGCGUCCAUGACAUGAUGCUGGAUAUGAUAUGCGUAUUGUCAAAGGAAGAAAAGUUUGUUACUGUAUUGGACACUGAUGAGCAAUAUACAACUUCACAUUGCAACGAUCGUAGGCUAGCUGUUCAAUAUAUAGUCCGACCUCUGGCUAGCACGUCUACAUUACAAGCAAGGUCACUCAUUGCCUUGUGUAAUAUUGAGAUGUUGCCAUCACUUUCAUGCUUUGAAGCUUUGCGUGUUCUAGCUUUGGAAGGCCCCUAUGAUUCACACCAUCCUAGUCAUCUUGAGCAUGUUGGAAAGUUAGUUCACUUGAGGCACCUCAAACUAUCGAGCAUGGAUAUCGGUGAGCUCCCAAAGGAAAUAGGAUAUCUAAAGUUCUUGUUGGUAUUGGACUUAGGUAGAAAUAGCAUAAGUGAACUUCCAGAGAGUAUUGGUCGACUAAGUCAACUCAAGUGCUUGAACAUCUGCGAAACAGACAUUGAAGUGCCAUACUGGAUCGGAAAUUUGACUUCUCUGGAAGAGCUAAGCCUAGGAGAAGUUGACGAUGACAACUUUGUGACAGAGCUGGGCAAGUUGACAGAGUUGAGGAAGCUCUACAUUUCUGGAAUUUUAAAAUUAUCCAAUGAUCGUGCAAUGAAUGGUUGGGCGGAGUCUGUAGCCAAAGUGAGCAAGAUCCAAGUCAUAGACAUCAGUUUAGUUUUAGGGUGUAGAAUUUCCCAUCAUGAGGAGAACCCCUGGGAACGGUAUGCCCUCUCUCCACAACUCCGUUUUCUACACAUGGCCUACGAUGAACCUGGGCUGGUGGCAAGGAUCAAUCCCUCACUUCUUCCAAACUUGUCCCAUUUAAAACUGCGAAUAUUCGGUCCAGAUCUGGAGGUCUUUGGAAGUUUCCGCGAGCUUGUUUCCCUCAAGCUCGUCACGAGUUCAGCUCCACAUCAUGACACCAUGGGUGGUGCAGGUGCCUUCCCCAAGCUGAGGGUCUUCAAGACACAAGCAACGCUUGGCUCGUUUCAAGAGGGAGAUAUGCCGGUCCUUGAAUCUCUUGAGUUCAGCAUUGUAGCACAGUCCAAUGAUGAUGGCAUUAGCUUUGGCUUCGACUUUGGUAGCCUAGGGAACCUCCCUUUGCUUAAGGAAGUCAUAGUCACUUUAUAUGCUCCUCCUGCGGACCACAAGAAGGCUAGGGAAACUGCGAAGCGUGCAAUUCAUGUGCUUCCCAACUGCCUUAGACAUUAUAUCACACUAGAGGAUAUAAAGAAGUUGGAGAUUCUCACGGAGCUAAGAUUGCCGUGCAUCUCCACCUGCGGGAAUCAAGGCUGA